AUGAAUAAAGAAAGGCAAUCAUCUCGAUUGGAUUGGGUGGAAUCAUCAUAUACAAGAUGGAUACAAUUACCCUUUUUCGCAUGGAUAACACCGAUUCUGUCUUUGAGCAACAAGCACACGCUUGUGGAGAAUGAUCUCAACGAUCUUUCUAUCAAUGACAAAUGUUCAGUCUUAUUGAACAGAAUGAGUCCAUACAGCUUUCAAUGGAAAGGCACAUGGCAUGCUUUAACACGAACAUUUGGCAAAGAUUAUAUGAUAAGUAUACUGCUCGUUUUUCCACUGGUCAUGGCUCAUGUCGCACAACCAUUGUUGAUUCGUCAGCUUAUUCUAUAUAUUAAGGGGCGAAUAGCAUACCAAGUGUACAUGGCGUAUCUAUUAGCGUUUGCACUGUUUAUUUCUACUAUUAUACAAGCUAUUGUUUCUCAACAGAUCUUCUUUCAAAAUAGUCGUGUUGGUAUGCGAAUUCGCAACACCAUGUCAUCUACCAUCUACAGACAUUUACUAACCAUCAACAUCAGUGCUCUUUAUCAGACCACUGCUGCUCAACUGGUAAACUUAGUCGCAAAUGACGUUGGCAAAUUUGAAGAAUUAAGCACAUUCGUUCAUGGCAUCCUCUUAGUACCACUGGAAGCUCUGAUCACUUUUGCUUUUCUUUGGUGGUACAUUGGUUUACCAACACUAUUUGGCUAUUCAGUACUACUCUUAAUGAUACCCAUACAACUCAUUUUCAGCAGGCAAUUCAGUCGAUACCGAAAGACAACGAUGUCAUGUACAGACAGGCGCGUGCAAACGAUCAAUGAACUUAUCAAUGGAUGUCAAAUUAUUAAAAUGUACAAUUGGGAAAAAGCCAUGGAACAACGAGUACGCGAAACACGUCAACAUGAACUUUCACACAUUUACAAAGCCAGUUGUUUAAGAGCUCUCAAUACUGCCCUUGCCUUUACAACGUUACCUUUGAUAUCUCUUGCUACGUUCGGCGGUAGUUGGUUAAUGGGUCGAACUCUACUGUCUGAAGAUAUAUUCACAGCUUUGGCCUUCUUUGUCUUAGUCCGAGCUCCAGUAACAAUUACCAUGCCAUCUUUGAUUGAAAAAUUUAGUGAAUCUCGUGUGUCCGCAAGAAGAAUCGAUCAGUUCAUGCAGCUCAACGUGUUGAUACCAAAGCGUGAAAAAGCUGAAAAUGAAGAGCAUGUUAUAAUAAUGGAAGAUGCUUCAUUCUCUUGGAAGGAUGCUCCUUCCUUGUUCUCUUUGAAUAUGAAGAUUAAAAAUGGUAACUUAGUUGGAGUAAAAGGUAUGACUGGUUCUGGAAAAUCGACGUUGUUCGCUGNAGACAAAAUCGUCUUGAAUAUUAAAUGCACGGAUACUGGUAAGUCCGUCAUGACGAAUGGUCAUAUGGAAGAAGUCCAAAUCGAACAACAAUCUACCAUUCAAUCAUCCGACGAGAAAGAACACGCAGAUUGGAAGCUAAGUACUACUGUAACUGACAAAAAUUCGAUUAUCAAGAAUGAAGCAUUAGCGGACGGUGGUAUCAAGUGGAGUAUUUGGCUCAAACUUUUUACUUCACCACCUUUACAUUGGUUCGGCUUGAUUCUGAUGAUCUUUUUAAUGGUAGCCAAUGCAGCAUUAUACGAUUUUGCAAAUGUCUGGCUUGCUAUAUGGUCUAGUAAAGAUGACAAAGAACAACGAUCGUCCUUCUAUGCUUACGUCUACUUAGCGGCUAUAUGUAGUACAUUAUUCGUUGCAAUAGUACGUGCUAGUUAUAUCUUCUAUGUGAUGCUAUGUGGCUCAACUUAUCUGCAUAACCGAAUGCUCAAAGGUAUUUUAUAUACUUCUUUGCGUUUCUUCGAAAGUAAUCCCAGCGGACGAAUCUUAAAUCGAGCAAGUAAAGACCAACAGGUGCUGGAUCAAUCUUUGCCUCUAGUUCUAAUUCAGACCAUGCAAUAUCUACUGAUGACUCUUGGUUCUAUUGUAGUCAUCGGAAAAACUAAUCCGUGGGUGCUUUUCAUUCUUCUUCCGUUGGUUCCUAUGGUUCUAUGGCUUCGUCGGUUUUACAUGUAUGCAAGUCGUCAACUUAAACGACUCGAAAGUGUAACACGUAGCCCUAUUUACGCAUUAUUUUCAUCGUCAUUAGACGGACUUACCAGUAUCCGUGCAUUUAAUAUUCAAGACGAUUUUCUAAAUAUGUUUAUUGAAAGACUUGAUGCUAAUGCACGACCUAAUUUUCUUCUUUCUGCUACUGCACGUUGGUUUGGUUUACGUCUUGAUCUUUCGGCUGCAUUACUUACCUUGGUGACUUCUCUUCUUGCAGUAGCUCUGCGGCAUCAAAUCGAUCCAUCGUCGGCAGCACUUAGUAUUACAUAUUGUAUCACUCUAACAGGCCUCUUUCAAUGGGCCAUACGACAAUCAACUGAAGCUGAAAAUUUCAUGACUAGUGCAGAACGUGUUCAUGAAUAUGGUGAACUAACACCCGAAAGUCACCAAGAUAGCAACGAAAAGAAUACUUUUGCUCAACUGGAAAAUGAUUGGCCUUCGCGUGGUAUGAUUGAAUUCAAAAAUUAUAGUUUUCGCUACCGUCCAGAACUGGAUCCCGUACUCAAAAGUCUAAGUUUACGAAUUAAAUCUGAAGAAAAGAUUGGUGUCAUCGGAGCCGGUAAAUCAUCACUUCUUCAAGCACUCUUUCGACUUGUUGAUCAUUCGUCAACCAACGGAAUCAUACUCAUUGACAAUAUUGAUAUUAGACAUAUUUCAUUAGAUCACCUUCGUUCUCAUCUGAGUGUCAUUCCACAAGUGCCGAUACUCUUUUCGGGUACACUUCGUUAUAACAUUGAUCCAUUUGAACAAUAUUCAGAUGAAGAAUGUCUUGCAGCACUCGAAGCUGUUCAACUCAGACAAUUGGUGCGCAAUCAUCCCGAUGGAGUACAUCUUUUUAUAAGUGAAUCAGGAACUAAUUUGAGUGCAGGUGAACGUCAACUGAUUUGCGUAGCACGAGCCAUUUUGAAGAAAAGCAAAAUAUUGCUGAUCGACGAAGCUACUGCAAAUGUCGAUCACGCUACCGAUAGAAUGAUUCAGCAGGUAAUUGCUGAGAAAUUUCGCGAUCGUACUAUAUUAACGAUUGCACAUCGGCUGAAUACGGUAGCCAAAAGCGAUCGUAUUUUAGUGUUAGAGCACGGAGAGAUCAUUUACUUUGAUGUACCGGAUGAUCGUUUUCAGUUAUGUCAUUUUCAAUAA